CCCCCCCCCAAAAACAACCCCCCCCCCCCUCCAGCGGUGAUCUGAAGGAUCUGCAUUGCAGGUUCAUUUGUUUGUGCAUAGAAUGUAAUCAAGAAAAAGAUGAAGAGAGCUGAUGCCUCCUACAAGGGCCUCUGUGUUACUUCGAUCUCCUACCGCGUAAAAAUGUAAUCACGAUAUCUAAUUUUCAGGUUUACAGUGCUCAGAAAUGAAGUCCUGUCGUGACUGCCAUUUGCUGCCCGGGUGUGGUUGGUGUGAUGAUGGCUCUGGUACAGGCGUAGGAAGCUGUAUGGCAGGCGGAAAUGACGGGCCAUUUUCACCUGCCAAGAAUGUUAAUUCUACUGCCACGUGUUCGCUCUUCAAUCCUCAAACUUGUUCAAAGUCACGCUGGAAUUUUAUAGAUUGCCCAGGUAAUUUGCAAGAGAUUACUUGCUAAUGCCCUAUUUACACCAAAGCUUAAACAUGCUUGAUGAUCAAACAGUUGCUGCACCUUCUUUUUUAUAUACUAUAAAUUUGCUAAGUUGAAAGCACAAGUUAAAGCUUACUUGACCAAAAAAACGAAGCGACAAGAUAUUCAUGUACAGUAACAAUAAGCGCAGUGUUGGGGACGAUAAUGAGAACGCGUUAAAGGGCGAUAGCAACCUCGUCCCAGGUUGCCCAGGUUCUUUAUUAUUACUGUCCCAGUCUCUCGCGCUCCAGAAUAUUGGAUAAAGAGAGGCCCUGGGAACCAGGUUGGGAUGAAAGAAGCGAUAGUAUGUUAGUUUUCUUUUGACCCAGGCAGAGUUAACUCCAUUAGUAGAGCGCUGGACUGCAGAACGGGAGGUCGCGGGUUUGAUUCCUAGGGCCAAACCAAUACUCGGGUUUUUAAAAUAACUGAGCAAGUAGGUUGUGCCUUUGCCCUGGAAACUGUGAGGGGACCUUCGCGCGGUUCAUAAGACCAUGUUGAAAUUGGCGGUCUCGGAGACGUGAAACAGUGUUCUCAGUUCUCAAUUCAGUGAUCUCAGUGCGUAGGUUUUAAAUACACUGGCACUUAAAUCAAGUAGGUUUCCAACUGAAAGUAGCUUGUAUUUUUGACACUGCAAUGAAUCGGUAAAGUUUGGUGUGCUUGCGUAGCUCAAACAUGAAACUUGGCGAAGAGCUACUCAAACAGAAAUCAGUAUUAAAGAAGUAUUGUGCAGAAAGAAAGGCAUAGUUUAAGAAAUGUUGCAUUUACAUGCCUGUUCAGCCGCUUAUAAACAGGCAUUUUAUUUUCUGUUAAUUUCACGUCUCAUAUUUUUUUUUUCCUCGCAGCUUGCCAGUGUAAUGGUCACAGUAAAUGUAUCAAGGGAAACAGCUGUGGAGACUGUGAGAACAACACUACUGGUUAGAAAAAUAUUGCUUGAUAAAAAUUUACUUGCUGGCAUUUUUCUUGAUGAUGAGUUCUAAUCAUAAUCCCUUAGUUGGAGUAGAGUUCAAAGCGUUGCUCACCGCUCAUGGAUUUAAAUAAUGAAUGAAAGAAAUGAAAGAAUGAAAUGUCCUAGAUGAGACGACAACAGACGCGCCCUCUUUACAUUAGGAACUUUAAGACCCAACGACGCGACGGCGACAAGAACGUCACUUAAAAAGUGAAUUUGAGUUUUUUCAGUGUUUAUAGCGAUUAUUCCUACCUACUUACUUUGUCAAUUGUAGGCGAACUCUCCUGAAGCUGAAUUCCAAGUGACCAUAUUCACGCUCAGAAAGAGAAAUAAAAUUUCGUCGUUGCUUGUUUACGUCCACCGUAAAACGCGAAAUUAGCAAUUUCACGUCGUAGUCGUGCAAAAACAGGAAAGAAAUGUACAAAUAAGUGUGAUGCACUUGCGAAGUUGUUGUUUUGCUAAUUAAACCUAUUGUUUUUUUUACGUUCUUGUUGUCGUCCGCGUCGUUGGAUCUUAAAGUCCCUAUUGUCUGUUAACAUGUUAACAGUAAGCUCGGACGUCCGCAUACAAUAACAGUUACUGGUGACGUGCUUCUAGGCGUUUUUUAGCUAAAUGAAAAGUCACUUAACUGUCUGUCCAUCUCGCAGUCGGAACGANUUUUUUUUUUCCUCGCAGCUUGCCAGUGUAAUGGUCACAGUAAAUGUAUCAAGGGAAACAGCUGUGGAGACUGUGAGAACAACACUACUGGUUAGAAAAAUAUUGCUUGAUAAAAAUUUACUUGCUGGCAUUUUUCUUGAUGAUGAGUUCUAAUCAUAAUCCCUUAGUUGGAGUAGAGUUCAAAGCGUUGCUCACCGCUCAUGGAUUUAAAUAAUGAAUGAAAGAAAUGAAAGAAUGAAAUGUCCUAGAUGAGACGACAACAGACGCGCCCUCUUUACAUUAGGAACUUUAAGAUCCAACGACGCGACGGCGACAAGAACGUCACUUAAAAAGUGAAUUUGAGUUUUUUCAGUGUUUAUAGCGAUUAUUCCUACCUACUUACUUUGUCAAUUGUAGGCGAACUCUCCUGAAGCUGAAUUCCAAGGGACCAUAUUCACGCUCAGAAAGAGAAAUAAAAUUUCGUCGUUGCUUGUUUACGUCCACCGUAAAACGCGAAAUUAGCAAUUUCACGUCGUAGUCGUGCAAAAACAGGAAAGAAAUGUACAAAUAAGUGUGAUGCACUUGCGAAGUUGUUGUUUUGCUAAUUAAACCUAUUGUUUUUUUUACGUUCUUGUUGUCGUCCGCGUCGUUGGAUCUUAAAGUCCCUAUUGUCUGUUAACAUGUUAACAGUAAGCUCGGACGUCCGCAUACAAUAACAGUUACUGGUGACGUGCUUCUAGGCGUUUUUUAGCUAAAUGAAAAGUCACUUAACUGUCUGUCCAUCUCGCAGUCGGAACGACGGAUUGAUAGAUUUAUGAUUGAUUGUUCGCGAUCGAUCAUUCGAUAGGUAACCACUGUCCGCUUUCGGGAGCUACCUGCUUUCUACGAGUAUCCUUUGUUGAGGAUUUGACUUCGUGGAACUUGCAUGACAAAACGCAUGUUUCUCAGUUCGAAAUACUCUUUUUGCUUGGCUGCAGUUUCCAGGAUUUUGUUUUAGUUCACGUGGAUCGUUAUGGAUCGUUUUGUCUCGCGUGGUCAACAGCUUUGCAAAUUUCUUGGAAGAAAAGAAACUUUUUUACAUAAGAAAAGAGUUUAAUCUCCUCACGACUUUAUUUCCGUACACCAACAUGGCCGCCGUUUCACUGUUUCGUGCAUCAAUAUGGACGCCUUUACCUCAUGUGAAAACGCAUUGGAUCAUUAUUCGUUUCUGGGAAACUGCCCACCUACUCCUCCCCUAAGCCAACAUUGACACUAACUUCUCACUUAGGGCAAAAUGUUGGCUUGAGGGAGGAGUAGGUGGGCCUAUUUCCGCAUGAUCCAAAAUCCUACUACACCAGUUGUCUCCCUCGCUACCGUUUUUGUCUCGUCAAGCGAGCGUGCGUGGGAGACUGCUACACCAGGCGCGCGCCCAGGGAAAUUUUUUAUUGGCUUGGUGGGGGCAGGAGGCGGGUUGAGGUCUAAGAUUGCAAACACUGUUUCCACCCCUUGUGACUGUUCAGGGUGUAAAGAAAGCUCGGUUUUACGGAUUGUCUUUCGGGCAAGUUGUUGCUAGUAUGUACAAGGUCAAGAGUCUUUUAAGUAGCCCCAAAAAUUUUUGAUGAGCACCAUUGAUUACAGUUCUUCUGUAAUUUGAAUUUCCCAAAAAACUUCACUAGCCCGAUUACAAAAUCCACUAGCCCCGGGUUAUCGGACACGACUUUCUUUGCACGCUGCUGUUACGCAUUAUUUUCUAGUGAACUUCGAUAUUCAACUACUUAGAUCUCUGAUAUCAUUUAGUGGUAGCAAUUUCAUUUUUUCAAAGUAGGUAAUCAUUGUAUUAUCAUAGGAACUCUCUGAUCAGACAGAUCCGCCAGUUUACACUGUUUACACUUGCUCUCUUGCAGGACCCUACUGUGAAAAAUGUGCGAAAGGAUAUUUUGGAGAUCCAAAAAAUGGAUGCAAAUGUUCAGGUUUGGAGCAAAACCUUCUAACUUUCAUUUAAUUUGCUGCUUUUAUUGGGUUGGGUGGGAUAAGACAGUUUGGCUGUCAGAUAAAAUAGUCCGGAUUUUGCAUUUUUCUCAAAGUAAACUGUGUACUUUUUACGUUUUGGGGUAGUUUCCCACAAUGGUUCUUAUAAGGGAGUUGCCUAUUCCCAAAGGGCUGCCAAUGGGGAAGUUAUUCCCACGUGAAUGAAUGAAUCACUAUGACGCGAAGUAUGGGUCCGUCAAACUAGUACAACUAUCCUUGCCUCUGACUGAAUGAUUAAAGCGGUUUUCGGAUGACCUUGAAAUUAUAACCCGCUAACAAAACAUAAGCAACAAACGAACGGAAAUAGAGCUAUUUGAUUGGUUUAUCGAACGGAUAAAAACGCGUGUGGGUUUGGUUGGUUAAGCGAACGCUCGGGUGUCAGAACUUCAUGCCCGAGAACUUUCUAGAAAUCAAUCGAUACUUCACUUUGACGUUAUACAGCAGCAUGAUUGGCCAAUCGAACAAUGCCUUCUCCAUAUUAAGGAUUUCUUUGGCGGGAAAACGAAGAGGCUAAGUUUUGAUCUUUUCAUCCAUUGGCUGAUAAAACAAAUAACGAACACUUACCGAAACCAAUUUUCAAGGUCAUGCGAAAAUCGCUCUAUUUUUGUUGGCUCUGUUUAUUUCAGUAUGUCAGUGCACUGGCCAUGCGAAAAGCGAAGCCUGUGAUCCUGCUACUGGCAUCUGUCAGUGUGUUACUAAGGGCGUCAAAGGUCGCAACUGUGAAGAGUAAGUCAUCAUUCAUGGGACUUAAGAUUAAGCAGGGCUCGAAAAAUGGUUGAAUUCCAGCUUGUCCUUUGGGUAAGCAGCCCUCAUGUUUUUCUUGCCCGGGACCACUUCUUGCUUUUCUCUGUUAAUGAUUUUGUUCGAGGAUGACUUGCCUGGACUCUUGACCAUUGGUCAAGUGAAUUUUCAAAAGUACUUGCCCAGCAAGAAAAUAUACUUGUCCCGGACUACCGGACGUGACUUUUUUCGAGCCCUGUUAGGUCGCUAUCCAGAAAAUCACAAAUCAAAUAGCCAGCCGGACUAGUCAUUUUGAAAAUUAAGUAAUAGUUUUUUUCGCAAAAUUUUCCUUAAAACCUACCAUUGCCGACCAUACCAUUUAUAAACAGACUAAUCGGGUUGGAUUUGAAAAGUGAUUAGUAUUUACAAUUGGACCAGCCUGGCCGCCUAGUUCUAGCAAAUGCAAUUGACGCUCUCUGAGAUAGAUGCUCCCAAAGAUAUAGGUCUCUAUGGUACUGAAAGAGAUCGUUCAGCGUUUACAGCCUGCGCAGGUACCGUAAAUGAUCGAUUAAGAGGCGCGGCGCAUAUUUUAACUACAUGUAAAACACUAAGGGGAAUAUACAGGGACUUAAGUGAGGCGAGUACUAGGUAUGCACAAUUCAAUAACAAAUAUGUACAUCUCGAACUGUUAUAUGAACCCAGUUUCAAGAGUUUCCGUACAUUAAGGGCGCUUUCCAUUUAGUCAAAAUUUCCGGAAUUCCGGUUCAGCGGUAAAUGGAAAACGUUUCGUCGGUUCAUCCCACUGGAAAAUUCCCAGAAAAAAUGGAAAAUCUAAAAAGGUGGUCCCGUUUCCCCGGUUGGAAUUUCCGAACGGAAUGUCGUGUUCCAUUUACGUUUCUCGUAGUUUGUACCAGUUCCAGGUCCACCGUCGGGCACCGCGACGUACCGGGGUUUACGACCAAAUGGAACAACUUUUUACCAAUCGGAAAUUCCACUUUUGCUCCCACCGAAAUUUCCGGGGUUUUUUCCGAAAUGGAAAGCGCCCUAAAACUUUAAGAACUCACGAGUUGGUCGAGGUCUUAUUUCUCAAGCGAUAUGCUUUUGAUAUCUCUUUUUAGUAAAAUCCAACUAGUGGUCUAUUAUCAAUGCUGCGUUCUGAUUGGUUGAGCUACUACUAGGCUAUAUGUUAUGGCCCACUAGUAGCGAAAAACGCCAGCUUUGAAAACCAAAACAAUGGCGGCUGAAUCGCGUUUUGCUAGUUAAAGUUGUUUUCUCCUGAUAUUUUUGACCAGCUAGUUGGAUUUUACUAAAACAAUUAUUCCUCUCGCCCUCAUGGCCCUGAGUCAAUAGCCCAUUCGGCCUUCGGCCUCAUGGGGUAUUGAUUCAGAGCCCAUUCUGGCUCGAGAAAUAACUGCUAAAUAUCAAGCGCCGUAACAAAGGUGGGGCGUUAAUUAGUAAAUACCCAAAUUAGCGUCGCGGCGCUUAUUAAUAUAUUUUCGGUCAAGGUGUGGCGCUUAUUCGAGAGCGCUGGCUUAUUUCGGGUAGCUGCGUUUCUGAUGGCAGGCGAGGCAGAGUGCCUUUGUGUCUUAAGACGCCAAUCCAUAUGUGGGCGAGUCACAAACGGAGCUAAAUACUUGGUACCCCCCCCCCCCCUCACUAUGGAGGACCGUUCAUCGAAUGACACCUACCAAAAAAGUGUUCUGCUUCAUGGUCCUGUUUCUCAAAGCUGCUUUGAUCUCUUACACCUCUUUUUCCACAGAUGCGAUACCACUGAAUCUUACGUCGGAAAUGCGUCUAAUGACGUCUUUUGUUACUGUAAGUAAUAAAGCACUCUUGAUGUUUAAUGGUGAUUUAACCUCUCUGUUUUCAAAUUGACCGAGGUUCUUACCACAUGUUAUUUUACCCCAACUGUAGUUUCAUUCGCAAAGUUUGGGGCUACCGUCAAGUCCUUCAAUCUGACUGGGUUUGAAAGGUUAAGUUUUGAGUAUUUUCCCGGACUGGUAAGUCAUCAUUAUAUUACUGAACGUUUAUAAGAAUGUCUUUCUGCGCGAAUAGACACUUUGCACUUCUCACAGCCUGUGUUUAGACUCUCCCUCAGAAAAACUCGCUCCUUCUGCGGCCUUUCUCUCAUGUAGGCGUUGGCCGUGACAUUUCUGUUUCAAUAGGCGAAACGCAGUGUGCAGUUGGAAAUCAAGUGGACAGAUGAGAGCUUGGGCUCUAAAGCCAAGGUGAACCUGACUACGUUUUUUGGUAAGGCUCUGGCAAGUAUACCCUGCGAGCAGAUGCUACAUUAUCGUGAUGUGAACUGACGUACGAAGAGUAAUUGCUUUUCGCACGCCAGUUCACACUGAAGUAUUUCUAUCUAUCUAUUUCGUGCGCACCUGCAACGAUUUGAUAAGUCUGUCCAAUUCCCGUCUGUUGGCCAUGAAAGAUCCUGUGGCGAAGUUGGUCAGUGAAUGUUGCUGAUAAGCGUCUCCUCUAGCGUCUGCCGUGUUUUGGUCCAAAGGAAAAAAUCCUUUAGGAGGCGCCUUUUUCUUUUUUUUUUUAGAAAAAUGGACGUUGUAAACAUUUGACCAGCCUCGUUCUCUCGGAUCGUACUGCAAAUUACAAAUCCGCUUCCUCCCUCCCCUUGAUUUAUGGUCCUUGCGCGUCGCUCUUUAAUGGCGGGAAAAAACCUCAUCACGUACAGUUACCUUAUGGAGCGCGAACUCGUCAUAUAAGAGGUGUAGGUAAAGCUCCUUGUUUGUUCAGUCGAAUAAAAAGUUUAUAAAUUAAAGUUUUUAAGGCCUGUGAAAUCCUUUGCUGGUAACCCAUUUGUUGUGCCAUAGAAAGAAAUCCAUUUAAUAUUCGUGUUUCCGGUCUCAAUUUUUCGGUUCCGUAGUAUAAAUUACUCGAAGUGCUUGGGCCAUAAAUCUCCAUAUUAGGGUUUUCUUUGGCGGGAAUCGAGGAGUCCAUGUUUUGAUCUUUUCAUCCAUUGGCCGAUAAAACAAAUAACGAACACUUACCGAAACCAUUUUUCAAGGUCAUACGAAAAUAGCUCUAACACGUAUUUACUGUCAUGAAAGGAGGAUUGAUAAUUGCACUCUUGUUUCAGCUGAGAGACCUGAAGAUAAAGAGGUUUUAAAGUAUAAACAGAAACUGGUUACUGCCCAGGAAUCAUUCGAGGCGGUAUUUCACUACCAGGACUACGAAUUUGAUCACGAGGACAAGUUUGGUCUAAGAGGAUAUAUUUAUGACAUUGAUUCCAGGGGGAGUGCUAUACUGAAGGUAUGUAGGGUUUAAUCGCUCUAUGUUUAUUGUUCGUAAUGUGGUAAUGAACUGACUUUUCCUGACUGUCGUCAGGAAAACCGCAAAUGACCCAGUGAUUCGGUCCUUCACGCGUAAACCAUACGGCUCAUCGAAAUGUUUAAGAAACGCAAAUUUUAAAAUACUUUACUGACAUAAUGUUUUUUUUUAUGAGUGGUUUGCUCAGUAGGCCAUUUCCGAGUUCCCCCCGGGCCUCUGUAUCAAAACGAGGUUAAGUGCUCAACCUUUGAUAUAGAAAUGAUUUUUAAUUCUCAUGCAAAUAUAACUCAUUUUCACAAGAAAGGCUGUGACCUUAGCCUCAUUUCCAAAGUGAGGGUUUUUGGAACUCGGAAGUGGCCUAUUGAUGCUAGACUACGAGUAGUCCCCCAUUUCUCCUUAGGGAUAGUAGAGCGAGCGAAACGCGAGCGCGCGUGAAAAUCACCACACGCGAGAAAGGCGGUGGGGUGUCGCCUUUUCUCGCGUGGGGUGAUUUUCACGCGCGCUCUCGUUUCGCUCGCUCUACUAUCCCUAUGGGGGACUACUUGUAGUCUAUAUUGAUGCAUUCUUAGCUUGAUGCUAGCCUAUGUGGCAGACGCAAAAAAGGAAGGGGAAGGGGGUGGGGAGAAAAGGGACCUUUGUCCCCUCUCUCUUGGGUGCCUGUUUUGAAUGCUUUUUCAUCAGUUGUACGCAUUUGUAACUCUUUUUAGGCUUUGUUUACACUAUGCCGAAUAGCGUUUCGUAGCGCCAAAAAAAGCUAUCUAGGAUAGUUUGAACACCUAUCCAAUCAGUGUGACUCUCCACUGUAGAGAGCGUCGCGACGCAGCUUCUCCCGUCACAGAAAUCGCGCCGCCAAAACAACAGUCUUGUGUGUGAACAGACGCCCUAUCCAGUAUGAUUUUCGUAGCGGUGCAAAAGCUUUCCGAUAUAAUGUGAACUAGCCUGCAGUGCAGGUGUAUUUUGGGUGGGAGAAACCUUGUUCGUGUUCGUAAUAUUGUUGUAGCCGCCAUCUUUGAUUUUAUGACAGUGGAAGAUUGGGGAGAGUAGAAAUAGUAACCCUUAAGAGAAGGUGCGAGGGCGAAAGAAGGAAAGGGGGGAGGGGGAGAGGAGAAAAAAAUACGGGGUUUUCUCUUCCCUCUCCCCGCCCCCUCCCCGCUCCCUUUGACUCGCCCCAUCUCCUCCUCUCUUCGGGAAGUUUCAACAUGUCGCUUUCGCGAGCAAAUUGAGCGCUUAAAGAAAACGCCUACACUGCAGGCUAAGUGUGAACAGCCUUAAAGGUUCCCUUUGUCGCAGCUUAUACAAAUCGGAAUGAGAACACUCGGGCACUGGGGAUAUGCGAGGCGUAUUUUCCCCAUUUCUUGUAUGUUUUCGUCUUUAUACUUAUUCAUCCUUUAAUCCCAUCUAAUCUUCGACGCAGUCCUUAAGUUGCCUUCGUUUGCGCUCAGUUAUAGCGCGGCUUAUUCUUACACUACAGACUUAAUCAAGUUACAAAUUAUUCGCUCCUGUUACAGAGAAGCUGGGCGAAAAACAUUUUGAUACGUUCUUCGUUGUAGGUCUCUUUUAGCAUCCCGACGGAAACGAUUAAUCUUCUAGAAUUCUUCCUCACAUUUUUCGGGUGAGUAUGGUUUUAGCAGUUGAAAGCAAUCAAUAUAUUUUUUUCCAUUUCCCUCAAGGCUUUUCAGGGAUAAUUUACAACCUCGUGUGGGGACUUUGCCAGACGACUGCUUGCGGCGUAGUUUCUAUUGAAUGAAGUAAUGAGUUAUGAAUAUCCCUACUGUGACACACUAUGAUUUAGAAGAAGACACUAGGGAGUGGUUACUGCUAUUUUCUUUUUACGCCCGUAUUGUUUUUUUUUACCGUCUCACAGAGUCAUGAUAAGUAAAAGUUUUCUUUUUUAUCCGAGAAGACGAGAAAAGGAAGUACAUUUUCCUCAGUUAUUUGAAGGGGCUGCAGUGUCAUGGUUGUCCAGUUUACUUUGUUAAUAUUGCCAAUUAUAUACGCUUCCUUAUGCGCUGAUAAAACUUAACGUAAACGAUUAAAUAACUUGUAAACGACAAAAUCAUCAAAAUCAUAGCUUCUUGUCCUACAAAUAUCUUUCCCAAGCAUGUAUCGAACCCUACAAACUAAUAAAAAUGAACUUUGAAAAACUGUUAGGCUAAGACGUUUUCUAAAGCUAACGAAUUCAGUCCGUUUUAAUCUUCUUCAAGUUUGUCCAUCCGUGCCUACGUUUUUAUUUGCUGUGUUAUUAAUACAUCCUUUUAAUGUUUUGAGCGAUUAUUUUUAUGUUUCACUCAGUUUGAUGGUAGUUCCUACUGUUAGAAUUUUGAUAAAAUUCAAGACACAGCUCCUUUGAAGACCCUGAGUAAUGGUUCCAUGGGGUAUCAAACCCGGCCUACCGCUUGACAGUGUAAUACCCAAUCUAUUGAGCGAACCAGGCGUUAACUAAAUAAGCAACUUGUUUUGAGAACUUCACAGCGCUUCCAACAACGCUCAUACUAAGUUAGGACAUAAUACUUGUGAAAAAUUCUCUGUCAAAGCUGCAAGUACGUUUUUCAUUUUUGUGUUUAAUACAGCUGUUUCCUGUCACUGCUUGUUGUUGCUGGUGUCGUGUGGAAAGUCAGGAAUCGUUACGUUAACUUUAUCUUAAACCGGGUGAGUUGCCUUCGCCACCUUUGGGAUUUACAAAUGACUUACAUGCGUUUUUGUUUUUGUCAUUUAGUUUCAUCCACCUUACUCGAUUAGCCUUGCAAUUUUUUGGUGGGAAUUGAAACAUAAACAUUUGUUAAGUAUUUAUUGUGAAAUAAACUGUAUAAAGUAUGGAGCUGAAUGAUUAAAGGAAGGUAAACGCCGGAAGGUAUUUAUCAGUUUAACGCUAAGAAUAUGUCAGGUGUGCGUUUCCAACAAUUUUCUGAUUUUCAUUUGAUGAUUGGUCAUACUCCAUUGCUGAUCCUCUCUAUGCCUUACGAGUUUCUUUUGUUUGGUUUGGUUUUGUUUUAUUUUUGUUUUGUUUUUGUUUUAAAACCUCAUUCUUUUUCCACUUCUUUCAUAGCAACGACGUGAAGAGAGGCAGAAGAUGGCGAGUCGUCCGUUUGCCAAAGUACCCUUUCUACUGAGUCACAGUCAUCAAAAGGUAGGGUACUGGGGCAGUACUAGGGCUUACUGUACACUAAAACAACAACAACAACAACAACGAAACUCAAUUUGGAGUACACUCGAUAGUACACAAACAUUUUCCCUGACAACUGUUAAUAUAACUGAAAAGCUAUUUGAGGCAGGGGAAAGUCAAUUUAUUUAAGUAAAGAAAUAUAAGAUAACAUAACAUUACAGAAGCUGACCUGUAGAGUCAUAGUCAUCUAACUUAGUAUGUACGAAAGGCUAAAAGGUGACAACAUGAUAUUAGUGGUAGAUUAGGAUUAAGAGUGCAGGAAUUAAAAUGCGAAUUAUAAACUAGACUGAAUUAUAUGAAGUAUUACCUGCUUGUGAUUAGAAAGUAUUUGAGGAACCUCAAUAUAGUACAUGUAGUCUGUUUUCUAAGGAAUUCCCAAGACGAUUGGUUUAAAUUUAAUUAAAUUUAAACUGAGAGACUGAGGAAUACUACUUGUAAAUCUGCGAAUUAAAUUGCGGACAGCUUGCGGCAAGAUGAGGUGGGACUUUUUGGAAGUCAGAAAUUUUGACUCGUAGGCAGGAGAAAAUUAAGAACCUUGCUUACUAGUCGAUUGCGAAAAGCUCUUUUGUGCUUUUGAAUUUGAGAUCCAGAUUUUGUUAGUUUAGAAAGCUUAGUACUGGUAUUCAAAGUUGAUAAAAAAGAUAUUGGCCAGGCUUGUGGUUUUAAAUCUAGACCAAGAGUACGUCGAUUAUAUGACUAGGAUUCUAGCUCCGCACCAUUAGAAACGUUUUCGGGGCUUUUGAGAUGCUGUCCCUAAGAAGAGACACCAAGUAACAAACAUCCGCCACACAGACGGAUUUAAAUCAGCCUCGUGAAAAUGCGAUCUCAAUAAUAAUGUGACCUUUUUGUUGCUUUCAGUCAUCAGCAGGAAAUAUCGCUGUAGAAACCCUUGAAAAUGGCAAAGCGUCUGUCCUUACGGUUCUUAUGCAAUUGCCUGCGGACGAUGAUGGCUUCACCCCCGUCGGCCAGAGUGGUAUUUGUUUCGCGAGCGUGUUAGGGACCCAUGGAGACGCUCCAGGGACCACGCCCGCAGGAAGAGCUACGCGUAUAAGAACCCGCAAAAGGUGUAAUGGAACCUGUGUAUAA